GUCUUGCAACCUAUAUACACUAGAUAAUGUUUGGAUCGUCUGUUGCCUUUGUUUUUGCUAUUGCUACUUCGGUAGUUUUUGCUGCUCCGUUUUCCCAGCCUGUAGAGUCGGUUUCCAAUCUGCCUUUUUAUUUCCCAAAAUCUGUGUCAACGCACUUUCCUCUGAACCAUGCCUCAAAUUUUAAAGCACCUUCUAAUGAGGAUUCGGUCAAAAUCGGUACUGCCUACAUUUGUGAUCGACUCGGUCUUUCCAACAAGGAAUUUAAAGCGUACAACACAUUUACUGAUGCUGCAGGGAUUACUCAUAUAUAUGGUGCACACGUUGUUAAUGGUAUUCGUAUUGCCAAUCAUCAAGCUGCAGUUCAUAUCAAAGCUGGCCAAAUUAUUUCCUUUUCGUCAUCGUUUGGUACAAAAAGUCAUUUUGCUAAAAGUGACUUGUCGACUAUUGCCUCGGAACCUAAACUGUCUUUUAAGCAAGUGUCUGACCAGGUUACUCAGACUUAUCAUCUCCCCAUGUAUACAAAGUUUGCUUAUAUGAUCGAGUAUGUUGCUCAAGCCGAUGGAUCGAUGGCUCAGACUUAUAAAUUCCAACUUCGUGAUAAUCCAUUGACCCAGUGGGUUCAAGUUUGGGCUCAUACUGAUACUGGCAAAGUUAUUCACGCUGUUGAUUUCAAGAGUAAAGCUUCGUACAAGGUCAUUCCCAUUCCAAAAGUUGACGUGAAUGACGGAU